CUGGGGGACCUGGGGUACAGCCACAGAGGAAGCUGGGAUCAGUGUUGAGAUUACUGAUUUGCUGGCCAUACUCCACUUAGUCCACUAGAAUAUGCUGCCUCUAAUACUACUGAGCUGCCUCUCUGGGUGGCCACAGGUGACCCUGACCACUCAGCCACAGGCAACUAGCAGAGAGGAGUCUUGGCUCACCCCUACAAGCAUCAGGGCCAGCCCAAGGGUCACUGACUCUCACAAAUGCAGCCAUUGGCCAUCCCAAAAAUCCAAGGGCUUGUGACCUUGGCUUUCCUGGACUCCAGAGGCUGCCCUGGGGAAGCUUUAGGGAAAUCCAGGAACAACUCCCCUGUCGAUCCUUGUAUUGCAUUUGUAAGGCUCUUUGCAAGAAAAAGAGCAAGAAACCAACUUGUGUGUAAUGAAAGCUGAGAUUCUGCACUGCAUCUCAAGGCGCCCCCGAACAGGGCUUUGAGAACCUUGAAGUGUGGCUCAGGUUGGGGGGACUCAAAGAACAGCCACAGAAACGCUCAAGGGGUGGUGGAGUUGAGUUCUGGGGAGAGAGUCAAAGAGCUAAAUCCAGCUGGCUUGGCAAAGCCAGGAAUAAAAGGAGAGACUUGAGAAUUGUCUGCAUGUGCCUGAGCAGGAGCAACCACAAGGAAGGGGCUGAGACUGAGCCAAGGGAAAGGAGUUCAGGAGCUAUCUCCCUAGUGCUGAGGGGUCCGUGAGCCCAGGGAGCUGUCUCCAAAGGGCAGGGAAACUGGGAUCUAGGGAUGGAUAGAGCACAGACUGUGGAAAGAAAGGAUUCCCUCAAACAGGGCUAAGGCAACCCCUGCCUACCUGGUGGGAAUGGCCAAAGUAACCCCUCAGGUGCUGGAAGGAGAAAUCCUGCAUGUACAGCCCAUCGUGUUUCCUCGCCUGGGAAGCUGUGGUCCUGGCGAAGGGUCUGUCACUAACCUCGGGGCUGGCUGGGCCUAAGGAAACUCCAAACCUGGGAGCUGAUCUCUGCCGACAAACAGGUGAGAUGCAAAUCACAUGGGGCCCAUCUGGGAAUCUAACACCAUCACCGGGGAAAUGUUGAACUAACAAAGAGCAGGUGUGUGGGAGACAGGAUGGGGUCUGCAGCCUGGGGGAGGAGCUAGAGUCACUGGGGAAAACUGGACAUUUUAAGUAGAUUUCAGAGAGCUGUGUAGCUGACUCCCUCUCCACUCCGAGUUAGCACAGGUCGCAGUGUUGUGUGAUGCUAGAGAUGUUUUUAGAGAAAAUAUGAAACUAGAGUCCUGAUUGCCUGAGAUUUGUCACUCUCCCCAUGAGUUGCGCAAUAGUCGGCGCCUAUGGCCUGCAUUUUCUUGGCCAAACCUCAACUGAGAUGAGUCCAUUCCUCCUUCCUAUAGUCCUCACACAGGUUCAACCAGAUACAGCACUCCACUUCCUGUCCCAAAGUGCCCUGUAAUGCAGCUGUUAAAUGGCUGCCAAGUCCCACCCCAGAGAAUGCUGCAUCUCAGCAGGUGGGUAAAGUGUUCCAUGUGCACAUGGAGUGUGUAAAGCCCUUUGGGAUGCUGAGCAAUGGGAGGUGUGAGAGAAAGGUGAGACCUUCUAACUAGUGGCCUCUGACAGCCACCCCCAUUUUGGUCUCUCCAGGACUCAGACUAUCCCGGGUGGAGGAUCCAUUACUAGCGGAUUGAGAUGGGUGAAAUGGAACAGAUGAGGCAGGAGGCCGAGCAGCUGAAGAAGCAGAUUGCGGAUGCACGGAAAGCCUGUGCUGACACUACACUUGCUCAGAUUGUGUCCGGGGUGGAGGUAGUUGGACGCAUUCAGAUGCGUACGCGGAGGACCCUGCGUGGGCACCUGGCCAAGAUCUAUGCAAUGCACUGGUGCACGGACUCCAAACUCCUGGUCAGUGCCUCCCAAGAUGGGAAACUGAUCGUGUGGGACACUUACACAACCAAUAAGGUUCAUGCCAUCCCUCUCCGCUCGUCCUGGGUCAUGACCUGUGCCUAUGCACCCUCAGGGAAUUUUGUGGCCUGUGGGGGUCUCGACAACAUGUGCUCUAUCUACAAUCUCAAGACUCGUGAAGGCAACGUCAAAGUGAGCAGGGAGCUCUCGGCCCACACAGGUUACCUCUCCUGCUGCCGAUUCCUGGAUGACAAUAAUAUCGUGACGAGCUCCGGAGACACCACGUGCGCACUCUGGGAUAUUGAAACAGGACAGCAGAAGACUGUGUUCAUGGGUCACACUGGAGACUGCAUGAGCCUGGCCGUCUCCCCAGACUUCAAACUCUUUAUCUCCGGGGCCUGCGAUGCCACUGCCAAGCUGUGGGAUGUACGGGAGGGAACCUGCCGUCAGACUUUCACAGGGCAUGAGUCAGACAUCAAUGCCAUCUGUUUCUUCCCCAACGGUGAAGCCAUCUGCACAGGUUCAGAUGAUGCCACCUGCCGCCUCUUUGACCUGCGGGCAGACCAGGAGCUCAUCGUCUAUUCCCAUGAGAGCAUCAUCUGUGGAAUCACCUCAGUCGCCUUCUCCCGUAGCGGGCGUCUCAUGAUGGCUGGAUAUGACGACUUCAACUGCAACAUCUGGGACUCCCUGAAGGGGGAGCGUGUGGGGAUCCUCUCCGGUCAUGACAACAGGGUGAGCUGUCUGGGGGUGACAGCAGAUGGCAUGGCCGUGGCUACUGGCUCCUGGGACAGCUUCCUCAAGAUUUGGAACUGAAGAGGAUGAUCGGGAGAGGGAGAUUCUUGGGAGGAGGGUGUUUACAACAAACAGUCAGUUGAGCACAAUUGGUAUUUCUACCUGUUAGUCACAGGCAUGUCUCUCUCUCUGAGGGAAAGGAGCCCUCCAUUAGCUGUUCCCCCCAACCCAAUUCCUAAAUAUGGCAUAAGGCUUUCAGCCUGGGACAGGUUGUAGGACCCCAGAUAAGUGAGACUGUUUCACAACCUUUAGGACCUUGCAUUGCACACCCACUGACUCCACACCAUUUUAUCCCUACAUUGUCCCCCCCACCCCAGUCACCCACCAGAAAGACAAACACCGUUCCCUGAAAAAGACCUCUACUUGAGGCAGGGACCCCCCUCCACUAUAACCAUUGCUCCAGACACACCUUCCCUAAUCCUCCCAAAGAGAGAAACCCUCCUCCUUGCAGACGGGGGUAGAGAGAAGAGAUUUUAGCCAGCUAGGACUCUGCAUUGAGCUUUGCUAAGAGGGGCUAAUUUCUGUGGGACUCCCUCCCCCCACCAGUUAGCCCAGUUUUAUCUAUGCAUCAAAUGUGGGAGGGGAGUUCACUGUCCCAUCUAGGGCAUCAAGGACAGGGAAAUGUUAAUUUAUUUUUAUUUAUAUUCCUGUAGCUGUACCCUUCCCCUCAUCCACAUGUGCUGUGUAUUGCUCUUGCAUUAGCUUGUAGACCACCUCAGCCCCUGCUUUCAAGAUGUAACUAUCAUACAGGAGUUUCAGACAAAAUAAAAAGAUCAAGUGA